AUGCCAAAUCAUUUGAUUACUUUAUUUCUCAUUCCAUUAUUAUUCACGUUAAUUUACGCAGAAUACAGAACACUUAACGGUACAAAUAAUAAUUUGAAAUACCCAUCGUUAGGUGUCAUAUCAUCACCAUUAUCUCGAUCAAACCCACCAAUUUCUUUCUAUACAAACAUUAAUGAUGACAAUGUGAUGUCCAUGAUCCCAACACCAGGAAAUUAUUCUUCAAGGGUACCGAAGGCAUUUGCAAAUUGCACAGCUGCUUUACCCAAGAAUGUAUUUCCAUUACCUAGGUGUGCAAGCAAUAAGAUUGGAUCCAUACAAGCAAGUAUGGAUGAUGUUUACAAUUUAGAUCUCUUGGACAAGUACAAAUCAAAACGUAAAAUUUCUCACAUUUUUACUUAUUGGGGAUUCUUUACGAAAAUGGAUAUAUCUUCUGGAGAUUAUUCUGGAGUAAAUUACCCAACCGGAAUUUAUAUCCCUCAAGAUGAUCAAACAUACUUGUCACAAAAUCCUCAAAAUGCAAGUCUCGUGAUAUAUCUGCCAGCAAUGCAAUUUAAUCGAUCAUCUCCGACAGCAGGUUCGGUGGGAAAAAAUGUAGGCACCCCAUUUUUAGACGGAUCACAACUAUAUGGUCAUGAUCUUGAGAAAUUAUCCCGUGUACGUGAUUAUGGGAAUCAUGGAAAGAUGUUGUUAUAUUAUAGUAAUCAUUCAGAAGACUCACAGUUUGGAUAUCCACCAACAGAUGAAAAUGGGGAAUAUAUUUUUGGAUACACGGCUAUCAAAGGAAGGAAUGUAUUUACCGAUAUGUUUCACACGGUAUUCUUAAGAGAACAUAAUAAGAGGUGUGAUUUAUUAUGGGAGUUACAUGGAGAUGAUUGGGACGAUGAAAUAUAUUUCCAAGAAUGUAGAAAAUGGGUUAUCGCUUUAUUGCAACGUGUUACUUUUUAUGAAUAUCUCGGCAUUGCUUUAGGAUCACCUCUACCACCAUAUGAAGGAUAUAAUCCAAGUUUAGUACCUAGUAUAGAUACAUUUUUUUCAACCGUUACGUAUAGAUAUGGUCAUUCCGAAGUCAGUGAUUAUCAUAGUAUUGUUGAUAAUAACGGACAAGUGUUGGCCACAUUAUCAUUAAAUUCACUACAGAGACCUCGCUUGCUAGAAACCUAUGGCGUGCCUUCCAUAGCUCUUUCAUUAGCUCUUCAAAGACAAGAAGAAACCGAUAUAUUUUUUUCGGAUUUGAUGAGAAACUUUACGUCACAUCAUCAAAAUAUUACAGAAAAUAUGGAUAUCUUUAGUAUUGAUGUAAUAAGGAACAGAGAUCAUGUAAUACCAUUAUAUAAUGAUGCCAGAGAAGCUAUGGGAUUAAAAAGAGCCACACAAUGGUCAGACAUAACAAACGAUACUGUCGUACAAAGUAGAUUGAUUGAAACUUAUUCAAAUGAUAUUGAUAAAGUUGAAGCAUAUCUUGGUGGACUUGCUGAGGAUCAUUGGAUGUUGACAAGAGAUUCAGACAGACUUUGGUUUGAAGAAGCUGAUGCUGAACUUAGCUAUCAAGAACUUUUUGAGAUAAAUCAUACAACUCUAUCACAAAUAAUAGCGAGGAAUUCACCGAACACAUAUAAAUUACCGGCAAAUAUAUGGAUAACACAACCAUCAACAUCAUUAAAAUCCGUAAAGCCGGCCUAUACACCAGACUAUAUACCAAACAAUGAUGAAGACAACAUUCUUCAAAAUGAUCUUUUCUAUUCUUCAUCAAAUCAUUUAACAUUUUCAGAUGAUUAUGAGAUGUUUUGGGAAAUAAUUGGUCUUAAUAUUCAUCUCAAGUUAAUUUCGGCUAGUACGGUUGGAUGGUUCGCCAUUGGUUUCAGUGACCCCAACGAUAGAAGCAUGAUCACUUCCGACAUGAUCAUUUGUCGGAACAUUAACGAAUCUUAUCUUGAAGUAAAACAAUAUAAAGCAAAUGCUUAUUUCACUCCUCAAUUAGUUGAUGAUCAGAAUCAAUUAAUUAAAAGGACAAAUCAGAGGAUUAGUAGUGGUAUUUAUACUCAUGUUGAAAUAGUUAGGCCAUUAAACGUCAAAGGAAGUUACAUGAAACCUAUUACCGCCGAUAGGAAUUUAUCACUGAUCUAUGCGUGGAAUCCAAAUAGUAACGUUUUAACGUAUCAUGCAGGAAAUAGGGGAGUAAUACCGAACUUGAACUUCUUUUCAGAUGCAACAUUUAUAAAUAAAAGAAGACAAAAUUUAUUAUCUCAUGGAAUUGGAAUGUUCCUAGUAUGGGGAAAUUUACAAUUGUUUGGAACGGUGAUCGUUGCCAUAUUUGGCGGCAUAGCCUUGGCCAUAAUGGAAACACGAUUCAUAAAAGGUGCUCACGGAAUAAUCGGAAUAACAAUAUUUUGUAUAAUGGGUGUACAGAUUGGAAUAGGGAUGUUCAAUAUCUGGAAUCUUGUAAACGUUGAAUCAGUUAAUAUGGGGAUUAUCAAAUUAUUCAAAAUUAUUCAUUUGUUUUUGGGAAUUGCAUUAAUCAUUCUCGCAUGGGUGAAUAUGUAUAUUGGAAUAAAAGAUUAUAACAGAGAAAAUUUUUGGAGUAAUAAUCGUUGGAUUACUAUUUAUUUAAUUUGGAUAGGACUAAUAGUGGCUACAUUCUUUAUAAGCGAAAAUAUAUUUAGAGUGAGAAAUAUGAAAUUUUUGUAUACUAUGGUUAACGAGGAUACACGUGUCACCGAAUUCCGAUUACAACAUUACAUUAGAGAUUAUGAUCAAUUACCAACAAUGACAUUGGAUGAAUUUAAUCAAAGAGUAAUUCGUGGAAUGAAGUUGGUCAUAGUGGAAGGUAUGAUAUUUGACAUAAGUAAAUGGAUGAAAUAUCAUCCUGGAGGGGUAAAAAUCUUACAAAGAGUGAUUGGAACUGAUAUCACAAAGGACUUCUUUUAUAUCACUCGUAAAUACGAAGACAGUCAAUCAAGUAGUAAUGAUGAUAAAGAAGAAUUUCUCACAUUUAAUGAAAAGGAUCAACAGUUUAGCAAUAUUUUUAAAAGGAAUAAUAUGAAUAGAAGGGAUAAGAAUGAGACAUUUGCAAACUUUAUUGAUAUUAUCAAUGUAAAUAAAUUUUUUGGAAGAAAGUUAAGUAGAGUUGCCGUUCAUAGUCAUUCACUGUACGCGACGACCAAAUUGGCCACCAUGGUUGUUGCUAAUCAUUUUGAUUCAUCUGAUUUAUCCAUCUUUCAUAGGUGCAUAAUAACAAAUAUUGAAAUAGUGACAAAUCAUGAUAUUUACAAAUAUGGAUCACCAAUAGUUAAAAAAUUUACAUUAAAGCCGAUUCGGAAACAUGAUAAUUUUCCUGUUAGAAAAUUCAUUCCCGGAGAUUAUAUUGAAAUCAUGUGUUACAUCGAUAAUCAAAUGAUCAUUAGAAAAUAUACGCCUUUAUUGCAAGAAUUUUCCGAAGAAUAUGACGAGGAUGUUGAUAGAAAUAAUUAUAAUUUGGAUAGAAGGUUUUGGAUAUUAGUGAAAAUUUACAAGGAUGGAUUCAUGUCUAAAUAUAUGGACAGACAAUUAAAUAAUUUCGAAAUAUCGGUUAGAGGGCCGUUUAACGUCUCUGAAAGCAUUUUCAAAAACAUUCCAAUGCCAAUUGAUCAACCCAUACCUAAUAUUUUGUUAAAUCCAAAUCAACCAAAUGGUUGCUGGAGUAAUCUAUUCAUGAUUUGUGGUGGUUCUGGUAUAACUCCAAUGUUACAAUUGAAUUCAUUAAAACAAAGUUACGCGCCACCAAAUACUUACAAGUUACACUUAUUAUUUGCAAAUAAUACGGCUGCAGAUAUUAUUUAUCCAAAACAUUUAGAUAGUUUAGUUAGAAAAUUUAAAGGAAAUCUUACUAUUGAUUAUAUACUUUCUAAUCCGCCAGAUAAUUGGGAUUGUCUUAAAGGAUACAUUGAUGAUGUUAUUUUGUUUGAUUGGUUAUCCUUCAAAAUUAAUACCGGUUCUCAUCUUUCUAUCGACAUUCAUCCUAACCUUGGUCAACAAAGUCAAGUAGAAUAUACUAGUGGCGUGAUACCUAAUCAAACAGUUUAUUAUCCUCGACCACAGGAUCCAUUAAUCGAGUCUUCUGUUUCACAUUCUACAGUUCUUCAUCCUCCCAAUAUUGCUAUCAAUUAUUUUCCUGAUGAAUCUAAAAUUAUUGUUUGUGGUAAUAAGGGUUUUAUGAUUUCUAUUCAAGAUAUUUGUAAUAGGAUUGGUAUUAAGGAAGAAAAUACUUUAUUUUUAGUAUAA